UCUGGAGUUUGUGCCUUACUCCGGACUCCGUGAUCAGGAACGUUUGGAUACAAAAAGUAAUCAGUAAGCCCUUUCUCAGAUAUGUUGUUCACGCUAUACUUUUAUUCUGUUUUGUACUAGCAAAUUCGCUUUGCUUUCCAGUUUAGGCACCUUCCAUGCAAAGUCCGUUGUCCCCCUAUUGUUGAUUAUUAUUGCGUGUUCAUGUUUUCGAAAACAUCCCGAAUACAGGCAUAUUGUAGAGUGAAUUAUAUUCCCAUUUGCCCCAGGAUGUGCGAGCGGUACUGCACUCAGCUGGUGUCACUUCCAAGAUUAAGCCUGCGGAUGUCUUCUCGUGUCCUCGUGACCCUAAAUAGGAGAAACAACCCUGCGCCAGAAAAUAUGACAGAAUGGAUCCCAUAACGUUCUGCAUUCAUGUUUCUUUAAUGUGAGUGGGUCCACUCCCAACUAUAAAGGCAGAAAACUUAAGCAGUUACACAAGGGGUAUAAAUAAUACAAUAGCAUGUGGAAACAAAUAUUCCCAUUAUAUAGUGUCAACGUUACAAAAUUUAAAAGGGAAAAAAAUAUACUUUAACAAACAGUAAGCUUCCACUACCACACCCCGCUGCCUAGUAACCAACAGCUGAAGCUGAACCUUACUCAGGCCACACUGCCGUAAAGAAGUGUGUCGCAUGCCACAUACAUGUGUAAAGAAACAGGGACUGCUUUACUGGGUUUCAUGCAGCGCCUCCCGAUCAUAUUUUUCAAAUAUGCCAAUCGUUUUUUCCGUAAUAGUUGCAUUUAGGGUGAAGAAGCUGUUGUCAACUCGUUACUUAGAAUCGCAAAACUAUCCCCUUUCCACGCUGCCGUAAAUCAGUAAGUUGGGGAGGGGGUUUCGGGUUUCUCAGGGCCGUAAUGCGGCGCGUCCCGUUUGUCGGGCCGAUGAUACCUGCUGGUGUGAACUGGUGACAGGUGCGGUGAAAGGGUGGUGGUGUGCAAGACCCUGGGGAGGUGGACUGCUGGGCUAGAAAUGGCAGGUGCGGAGUUGCAUCCUCGCACCGGUAAGUUGAUCACCCUGUCAAAUGGGAACCGGACGGCAAAACGGAACCAGCCGGUGCAGGAGUUCAACCAUGGUGUGGUGCUGAGCCGUGAGCCAUUGCGAGACGGAGACACGUUUACCGUGCGCAUUGACAGGAAGGUCAACUCUUGGAGUGGAUCAAUCGAGAUUGGUGUUACAGCACUGGACCCUAAUACCUUGGAAAUCCCUGGUAGUGCCACUGGACUCAAAGGGGGAUCAUGGAUAGUAUCUGGCUGUUCAGUUCUGCGAGAUGGCCGUUCCAUACUUGAGGAAUAUGGGCAUGACUUGGACCAGUUGGGAGAGGGAGAUAAAGUGGGUAUCCAGCGCACUGCCAGUGGAGAGCUGCACCUGUGGGUGAAUGGACAAGACUGUGGUGUUGCAGCCAGAGGACUACCGGCUGUUGUAUGGGCAGUUGUAGAUUUAUAUGGGAAGUGUACCCAGAUUACUGUAACACCUUCUGAAACUGUUGUACAAGAAGAGGCAGAGGAGGAAGAAGAUGAUGAGGGUGCCACUGCUGAAGAAGUUGUAAGCCUUCCUCGAAGCAACAGUCGUCCAGAUAAAUUUCCUGAUACACUGGAAAUGGAGAAUGGUUUCUCCUCCAUGGAACUUUCAGAAGUGGUCAGUAAUGCCAUUCUUUCUGCAUAUAAUGACAGCCUGCUGAGUGUCGGUUUGAGCAGUCCGCAGGACCCUCCUGCAAGCAGCCCCACUGUAACGUCUAAUGAUGCCCUAUUGUUUCAUGAGAAAUGUGGCACUUUGAUUAAGCUCAGCAACAACAAUAAAACAGCAGAACGGAGACGUCCUUUGGAUGAAUUCAACAAUGGAGUUGUGAUGACAAACCGCCCCCUGCGUGAUAAUGAGAUGUUUGAGAUUCGGAUUGAUAAGCUGGUAGACAAAUGGUCUGGAUCCAUUGAGAUUGGAGUAACUACGCACAAUCCUAAUGACUUGGACUACCCAGCCACUAUGACCAAUUUGCGUUCAGGGACAAUCAUGAUGAGUGGAUGUGGAAUACUGACCAAUGGGAAAGGAACACGCCGAGAAUACUGUGAAUUUAGCCUUGAUGAGUUGCAAGAAGGGGACCACAUUGGAUUGAUGAGAAAGUCCAGUGGGGCUUUGCACUUUUAUAUUAAUGGCAUAGAUCAAGGAGUUGCUGCAACCCAGACACCUUCUUUGGUGUAUGGAGUGGUGGAUUUGUAUGGAAUGGCAGUCAAAGUCACUAUUGUUCAUAAUCAUAACCACACUGAUCGCCUUCGCAGGAACAAUGCAAUCAUGCGAGCUCUGUCCCCAGAUGUUGGACGUCGAAUAACAGACUCCUCUGAACCAGAUGUGGAGAGGCUCCUUUUCCAUCCAAACUGUGGACAGAAAGCUGCAAUCAUUAAUGAUGGAAGGACAGCACAUCGACCUCAUGCUACUGAUGAUUUCAACCAUGGAGUAGUACUUAGCAACCGGCCACUGCGUAACAAUGAAGUAUUUCAGGUUCGAAUUGACAAGAUGGUGGACAAAUGGGCAGGAUCAAUAGAGAUUGGUGUGACAACCCAUAAGCCAGCCCAUCUCCAGCUUCCUUCCACCAUGACCAAUCUCCGUUCAGGUACCUGGAUGAUGACUGGAAACGGUGUGAUGCACAAUGGUACAACUAUUCUGGAUGAAUACGGGCACAAUCUGGAUCGCCUGAAGGCAGGUGACAGUGUGGGAGUUGUACGAAAAGAUGAUGGCAGUCUGCACUUUUUUGUCAAUGGUGUGGCUCAAGGUGCUGCUGCAUGGAAUGUACCUCCUAAUGUCUACGCUGUGGUGGACCUCUAUGGGCAGGCAGCCCAGGCAACCAUAAUUGAUGAUACAGACCUGCCUCCUCUUCCAGAUGAUAUCUCUGAAGGAAACAACCAGAUUUCUCCCAGCAGUCCCUCUUCUAUUGCCUCUGGAAGUGACCUCCGUUUUCAUCACCUGCAUGGGAGCAAUGCUGUUAUCACAAAUGGAGGUCGCACUGCCUUACGGCAGAACUGUCGUAGUGAAUUCAAUGAUGCCAUUGUCAUAUCAAACAGGGCUCUCAGAGAUGGAGAGUUGUUUGAGAUUGUCAUUCAGAAAAUGGUGGAUCGGUGGUCAGGGUCAAUUGAGGCAGGUAUAAGGGUCAGCAAACGAGAUCUGAGUGGCACAGCCAUUAUGCAGGAUGGCAACACAAUGAGGAACAACUAUGGCUGUGAUCUGGACUCUCUUACUACUGGCUCCCGUAUUGGCAUGAUGCGCACUGCAAAGGGUGACCUGCAUUACUUCAUUAAUGGAUUGGACCAAGGUGUGGCUUGCGUGGGGCUGCCACCAGAAGUUUAUGCAGUUGUUGAUCUCUAUGGUCAGUGUGUCCAAGUGUCCAUCACCAGUGCUACAGGCCCCAUGGACAACAGCCUCUCUACAAGUAAUAUCACAGAGAAAUCCUUUCCAGUACAUUCCCCAGUUCCAGGAGUUGCCCAUCGGUUCCAUACAAACUGUGGGAAGAAUGUGGCAUUUCAGAAUGAUGGUUGCAAAGCCGUAAGAGUGAGUGGUUAUGCGCAUGGUGUAGUCUUCAGCAUGAAGGAAUUAAAGGCCGAUGAAGUCUUUGAGGUAAAAAUUGAUGAGGUUAAUGACCAAUGGUCAGGGUCUCUGUGCAUUGGACUUACCACUCUUCUUCCUGGUGAUAUCACCUGCACAGUUACAGGCCUGCCUGCUUCUGCUGUUGAUCUCCGCUCCAAGGUCACGUGGUUGGUUGUAGGCACAGCCAUUAGGAGGAAUGGUGUUCUUCAGAAGCAGAAUUAUGGCUGCUCAUUGGAGAGGCUGAGUGUUGGUAACCGAGUUGGUGUUAAACGCUGUGGAGAUGACACAAUGCAUAUUCUCAUUGAUGGGGAGGAUAUGGGACCAGCUGCUACAGGAGUUUCAAAGAAUGUCUACGCAGUUGUUGAAUUGUUCGGCAGAGUAACAUCAGUGUCAAUUGUAAGCUCCACAGUCAUGGAGGAGCCAGAGAGUACCAAACCUCCAUCUGUAACAUCGGAUAGCUGUAGUGAAGAGGAGGAUGAAGCAACACCUUGUGAAAAUGAAGUGCCAGCGUUCACAACCUCUGUGACAUUCCUUGAGUAUCAUGGCAAAAACAUUCUGUUGUCCAAUGAAAACCACACGGCUGCAAGGGUAGCCAGCUAUAACCAGGGGCUUCUAGUAACAGCAGUACCCCUGCCUCGACAGCAACUGUUUCAGAUCCAGAUAGAUCGCUUGAAUACUGUGUGGACAUCAUCUCUGUCACUUGGAGUGAUUGGAAGCAACAUAGAGAAGUUUAAUUUCCCAGCUACAGCUUGUUCCAUCAAACGUUCAUGCUGGUUGAUCCAGCGACACUCUGUCCUUCACAACUCUUUGAAAAUUUGUGAGAAUUAUGGCCCCAACUUGGACACAUGCCCUGAGGGGACAACAUUAGGACUUCUGGUGGACAGCAACAACAGUUUGCAUUUGUUUGUGAAUGGCAUGGACCAAGGUGUUGCAGUCCAAGAUAUUCCCAACCCUUGUUAUGGGAUUGUAGAUCUAUACGGGCAAUGUGAGCAGGUUACAGUAGUGACAGAUAAUGUUGCAGUAGCUGGUGGAGAAAGCAGUUGCUCUCGAUGCCGGGCAGACAUGGAAAAAGCUGAUGUGGUAGAUGGUAUUAAGGAGAGUGUGUGUUGGACACCCCCUCCAGAUGUAAAUCUUUUGAAGACUUGUGAAUACCAUGCACUUUGUGCCAGGUUCAAGGAGCUACUAACUUUGCCAGACGGUUAUUUUAAUGAAGAUGCCAAGUUUAACCUGUGUUACUGUGAGUCGUGCCAUAAAUUACGGGGUGAUGAGGCAUAUUACAAGCGUGGAGACCCACCACGGGAUUAUGCUGUCCCCUUUGGCUGGUGCAGGUUUGCUCUCAGAGUGAAUCCUCGGUGUGAUGUGGUAAAUGUUUAUAAAAAGUGGCACAUGGCAUACCACGGUACAUGUGUGGGAGCUCUAAGGCGGAUACUAGACCAAGGCGAGAUUAUGUCAGGUAGCACUUCCCUCUUUAACAGCAAACAAAUGAAAGCAGAUUUGCAGAAUGGCUACAGCGAGCCAGAGGAGAACAGUGUGCCAGUUCGAGAGCCACCAAAAACACACCUCUCUCCCACCAUGCGAUAUGCUGGCCUUGAGGUCUUUGCAGCUAAAGUCCAAUUCAAAGAUCCAAAAUUCCAGCGGCACCACUAUGCUCAGGUUGCACUGCAAGUCUGCAUUCGGCCAGGAUCCUACAAGGUUGUAAUGCAAUCUGUCUGUGCGAGUGAGUCCAUGGACCCCCGUUUUAGCAGCAGUGAAAUUGAGUGGAUAACUAAAGAAAAGGGAGCAACUGUACUUUAUGGAUUGCUUGUCCGAGUAGAGUGAAGAGGAGGUGGCAAGGACGUGCAGAUCCAAAUAAUUCCCACCUAUAAAAGGUUGGCUGUGAAGCCACUGGGGAGGGGACCAUGAAAACCAUAGGAAACUGUAUUGAAGACUGGUUACAGUCAUUGGGGAAGGGGAAAGUUUAUACUGAAAGAAGCAUGAAAAUAGGAGAUCCUGUCUGCACACCCCCUCCCCAUAAGGAGCAAAGCACACUUACAGAAGAACAAAUUGCUGUCUCUGGUAUAUACAUCUGAGGCAGGAAAUCUGGAAGCUUUAGUAUUUUUAUCAGCACUAAACAUUUUGAGGGGGGGCAUUUUAUGGACCUUGGACUGUUGAUAACCUCUCUUGCACUGCUGUCAUGCAGGUUAUGGAGAAAAGGCAGUGUGAAUUUGAAAGUUUACGCAGAUAAGUAGUUUACAGUGCAGCCUUAUUUUAACAAGGCCAUUCCAUGCAACUUUUUAUUUCUUACGUCAAGCUGUACCAGAUUUUGAGCCUUGAAGAUGACCACUGACAAUACUUAUCAAAGACUGGAAAAGAAAACGUAAUUUUUUGAACUUGUAAGUGCAUGAGAGAGUAGAUUAUCAGUGCUGCAUGGUAGCAGGAGUACAGUGGAUGGGACAUUUCCUAUUUUUACAGCUGUGGGCACAUCCUGCAUCACUACAGUUGAAACAGCUAACCAGCAAGAUGUUGAAUAAUUAAGAUGGCUAAACAGAAGUUGACUUCUCGUCUUUUCUUUUUUUUUUCUGUUUAAUGUGAAUAUCACUUUACUAUUCUUCAGGAGAGCCUUUAAAACAGCUGAAGUUUUGAUUUCAGUGCAGUACAGCAUCUCACUGUAGGCAUUUUUUUCCACUUUGACAGUUCAAGUAGCAUGUUAGCCUGUUGAACAGUAAAUGUUUAAGAUGGAUUAGAUUCGCACUUUCUCUGAAUUAGGAGUCUAAUCUUUUUGGAAUGGUAGCUUUUCCCAUCCUUGCCAUUUUGUGGUUAGGUCAUUAAAGUUACUUACAUGUUUACAUUUUGAAGAGUAUUAAUUAGAUGGAGGGUGUACAGAAAGGUGAAUGUGUACUUGGUUCUUACACUCAGAUAUUUGUUUUCUACACUUAUUAAUAUACGUACAUACACACAUUUAUGUAACAAAAAAUUAUAUACUGUAGCAGUUGGCAUCACAGUUGCUUGAAACACAGGUGUACAUGCAAACAUCCUUCUGUUAUUUAAAUCAGGGCACUCUUUUAGCUAAAGGAAAAUACUUAGAAAUACUACCACUGUAAGUUGAUGAAAACGCUGAUGUAGUUCUAUAAUGCUAUCCGAAAGAGUGAGCAAACUAUAGAAAAACAUGUAUUUUGCUUUUAUAUAGGGGAAAUUGUGAUGUUCUCCUUUGCCCAUAAACUUCAUUCUGUAUAUAUCAUUGUAACUCGGUGGGGGGGCAAAAUUCAAGUGUACAUUUUGCCUUUUCUCUGAAAUGGUGUGCUUUUCACUAGGAGUGAGAAUAAUAAACCAGGGGGUGAAGUCCCCCACAUGGUGGCAGAUAUAUAUAUACUUCAGCAGUUUUUAGUUAACUGUAAAGCAGCACCCGUUUCCAUAACUUGCAUGAAAAAAUGAACUCUGAGCUUCAGAGAAAUACGUUUCAUUAUCUGAUCAUUCAAAAAUAUGUCAUCAAGCAAUUUUGAUUGACCAAAUAUGUUUCAAGCAACUGUAUAAGCUGCAGAGAUAGUGUUACCAAAAAAGACUAUAUAAUGCAAUUAUAGACUGCAUCUAGAGCCAUGUGCAGCCCUUAAUCCCUGCAUCUAUCAUACUUAACCAUCCAAGUUUUUUAAUGCCAUUUUCUAUCCAUUUAUUGAAUUGUGUAUGUCCUCCCUGUCUGAUGAAUUUGAUGUGGGUGAACUUAUCAGCUCCCAGUUUGCCAAAGACUUUCAAAACCGUUUUACCAAAUGGCAUUUUAGUGAACAUAGUACUUAACAAAAUAAGGAACUUUUUGUGCGUUUGGGGGAGUGCAUGCCUUUAACCCUUUUUCUCCUAUUUUAUUAUGACAAACUCAGAGUAAAGUCCUGCGUUUCACCACCAUCUCAAGUUGGUCAAGUAGUUUUAACCAAGCAUCCUUUGAAUAAAACAUAGAUGGGGUUGACCAGUACAAGGAGAACUUUGUAAUGAUGGGGUUGACCAGCACAACAAUUCCAGUGGGGAAUUCUAGCUGUACUCCAGGUGGGACCUGCUCAAAGAUGGUUUUACUAGUCACUAUACAGAACUGUAACCUCCAUAUCCCAGUAAUUAACAACCCUAGCAAUCUAUUCCAGCAUUUUUUAUACAUUUGUUACAACUCUUUAACAUUAUUUGAAUUGUUUAGCCUAGAAGCAGUCAGAACAUUACCUCAUCCAACAUGUAUGUUGUCCCAGGAUCCUUAUCAUCAUGCUAUCAUGACUGUGUUAAAGUUAAUUACCCUGUUGUCGGCAGUGUGUGCAUAGUCUAUGCUUCAAGUUAACCAUCUCACAGUACACGAGUCAGAAGUAUUCUAAAGCUUUCAGGAUGUUAAUACAUUGCUAACUGGAGAGUGUUCUUGACUGACUUGCUUAUACCUGGAGUGUCUGUUUUAAGAAAAACACAGGACGUUCUUCAGACUUCUCUAGUCAGUGGGUUUGCACAUUAAUGGUCUGAGCCCAUACGGGCAUGUGAUUCACAUGUUCUUCAGUAGACUGCUGUGUUGGAAAAUGCUACUGCAACCUGUGUUACUAGGUAAAAUAAAAUGCAGAGUGUGAAGUAUGGAAACAGCUGACAUUUUUGGAGCGAUGUGAUUACUGCAGAGAUUACACUGAGACAUUUGUAAUAGUUAUGUUGGUGGUAGGGCAUACGAUGCAGCCAGAAGAAUCCUUCUAAUAACUGCAAAAAGGCAUUGGGAAAGAAUAUGUCAUUGAGUUAUUUUGCCAAAGUUGGUUGCAUGAAUUCCAUCUGCUGGCACCGUGUAACUGGAGGCCUUUUGCAUUCUGUGUUCUUGGGCAGCUUACUAAACUUGGUUGUGUCCCAUCACCCGUCACCUUUGACAGUUGUCAGAUGUUGGUAGGCUUCAACAGAUCUUGUAAUUACAUUUCAUUAAUAAGUAAUCCUCCUCUGGUGCAUUUGUUUCCUCUGUGAUACUUGUCAGUUAUAAGGUUCCACAAUAGGCCCAGUUUAGCCCCAGAAAAAGGGAUUUGCUGAGCCAGGUCUGGAAAAAGAAAACAAAUUUAAGGACUCCUCAGUGCCCAACAGCUACUUGGCAUAUCCCGAGACUGUUGCAUGUCAUGGAGCUCAGUUUCCCCUGCACUUGUUGUGCUUUAAUUUAUUUAUGCACUCAGUUGCUGACAUUAUUGGUGCAGCAUCUUUGACUUUGUGGGAAGAAAUGAAAGUGAAUCUUGGUGUGCUUGUGCCUGUGCUGCAAACGCUGUACAAGUCAUCGUACUUCCUUAAGGGUAUGGUAGUCCUGUCACACCCAAUCUACUGAAAACUUGGGUCUGUUUUGUAGUUUGAUGAGUUGCUGAUUAGGAACAGUGAAGCUUUUAUUUUGAUGAGAGGAAUGGCAUUUUAGUUAUGCAAUAGUUCACUUGCACAUCAGAUACCACAAAGAAUGAAGAUUCUUCAGUUGCAAAAAAUAGCAUAUUUACACACACACACACACACACACACACACACAUGCGCACUCUGCCUAAUUUUAAGUGACUAUUUUGAAGUUAAUUCCCAGCAGCCUUCCAAGUCAUCGGGUGUGUUCUGCCAGGUGGAAGAUGUUUUCCAAGUGAGUUGGGAGGGUAUCCUGUGCUACCUCAUUGUGUUAGUCUGCAGGUUGCUGUGACCUCUCUCAGGCACUUUUAUGACUGGGUCUGAAUUAAGGUAUGGUGAAAUUGCAUGUCUCAGGCAUUCCUGCCCCACGUGACUGUAAGCAGGGUAGGACUGUAGUUCCCCUUUUGACUGAUAAGGCAGUUCCUCAAAGGGAUCCCGUAUCAGUUUUCACUCUUUAAAGAAUAUUUCUUAUCCUUGGGACAUGAAUUUCAUGAUUGCUAUUUUUGCCUGUUCUCCAUUCAGACCUUUGAAUUGCAGCAGUUCUUAGGAUCAUCUUUUGGAAGGGUGCAGUCCCACUCAAGUUCUUCUAAUAGUGCAUGAGGGGAGUAGGCCAUAGAUGCAUUCUCAGUGGAAUGUGUGUAGUAGGAAAGUCUUUAUACAUUCCCCAUUCAUCCUCACAUGCUGACAGAGUUUUGCACAGAAUCUUCAGAGUUUAUUAAUAUUAACUUGUAGUCAAGAAGAGCUUAAUUCAUGCUUUUUCAAUUUUAGCACUUAGAGAAUAUUACAGUCCAGGAUCCAAGAAUUACAGCUGCCUCCUCCUCGGAAGAAGAAGAGUGAUUGGUACAACAGUGGUUCAGCAUCAGUAGCUACUCAGAGAGUUCUUAGAAGUCCUUGAGUCCACUGGAAGACCUUCCAGUUCGAAUGCUUACAGACCAAGUGAAAUUGGGUUUCUAUGCAGGCAGAAAACUGUCCCUUCCUCCUCAAGCUGAUAUUCUGUAUUUUUCUAUGUCUGCCUGACUUGUCUUAGGCAUUCUUGUAAUUUAGGGCACAGUUAUUCUACACUCAAGAUAAAUGUUUUGGCCACUUCAGUUUAGCAUGUGCUAGUUAGAGGGCAAGACUGCUCUAUCAUAAUCUGAUAAAACAUUUUCAGAAUGUGAUCUUACAUUUGUAACCCCAUUGAAGAAUCUGUUUUCUGUAUUGGGACCUAAAAUUCAUGAUUACCAUGCUAUUAUGUGCACAGUCUGAGGUAGAUAAUUUGAUAGACCUGAAGUAUAUUCCAAGAAAACAGUCUUUAUGGUGGAUUUCAGAACUCCAUGAUCUCUUGUGUGAUAUGGUUUCUGUUAUUUUUUAAAAGGUCCAGACUUUCAGGGAAAUCUCACCAAGGAGGAACCCUCACCUUUCUUCUAAUGUGGUACUCAAGUUCUUGCUCGUGCUUUCCAUUCAUGUGUCAGUCUUCUUACUCAUUUCUGAAAAUACAAGCUGGUGUAAACUCAGUUUCCUGACCUUGGCAGCACAAGUUGUGUUUUUGCUUUGUAAGAUUUAUGAAUAUGGGAAGAUUGUGAACAUUUAGUAUCUUUUGUUCCUAGAGGAGAAAUUUUCAAACUUGACCAUGUCAGAAUGCAUUGCCAACUACAUUUUGUAUAUCCUAAUGCUUUAUUCUGUGUGCUGAAGGGUUCAUUCUACCAAGGGUGCUGAACACUGCUACACAUAUAGCAUAGCUGUGUAAGAAAUCAUACCAGCUUGUCUUUCAGGUACUGCAUUCUUCCUCCUUCUACCCCGUUUACCUAGUUUGGGACCUUUUAGAUAGUAAUUCAUGUCAGGAAGACUUCCUGUAAGUAGAGUAUGCAUUUAUAAUUUUAUACCCUUGCAUUUUCUUGCAGAUGUAACCUCCUAUUUUGAGGGUCACUAACUGAGAAUUAUGGCUGCGCAUGCACACCCUUUACCCUCAGCACGGGAAUGCUGCAUAGGACAAAGGGGAAAUGCAUGCUUGAAGAGUGUGAGCUUGAUAUAGUUAUUUUUUUCUUCAUCCAGACAAAUCUUGACUGGUUAGGUGUGUCCAGCUGUAGCUUCAUCCAAACAUAUCUUACCAGUUCAUAAUAGAACCUAGUAGAGUUGAACUCCUGCCUUUGCCAGGAUAACAGUCCUUUGUGAAGGUGAAAAGGAGAGCAGCCUGUACCUUCUUCACAUCCUUUGUUUUUUGGUCCAAGGAAGUGAUUGGUCAUUAUUACAUAUGUUCAUCAGUUCCUUCUACGUGUGGGAACUCUUUUUUAUAAUUUUUAUUGUCUUAUUAUUGCAGUGUUAAUUUCUGUUGUGGUUAAUAUUGCUAAUGUUAACACUUUCUUAACAGGUCCAUGAUAUCCUCAGGAAACAUCGCUAGUGUAUGCUACCUGAAGAAAAAUUCUGCCCAUUUUACUUGCAGGAGGGCCACCAAAUCAUCUAUUCAAGAAUAAUAUGACUUCUAAAAUAUCCUUCUUCAGUGGGCCUAUAAUCUCUUGGUCUUUCUUGAGCAGUUCACAAAGGGUAUCCACCCUUAAUAUAGCAGAGCCUUUAACAAAUGACAACACACAAUUCUCCUUUGCUGAAAAAGUAAUGCUAAAGUUGAAAAAGUGAUUAUAGAAACAGCCAAAAAGUAAAAUGACAUUGAAAUCCCCCCAGUUCUGCUGCGACCUGAUGGUGUCCAUCCUGAGGCACACACUUGUCUGGCCCUGAGUCUGUGGUUCUCUACAGCUUCAUCCCUGUCUUUCUUGGCUCUUCUUAAGGUGGAUGCUGGGGUUGUGUUCCUUAUUUCUUAAUGGCCCCUUUAGGACUGACUAAAGCAUCCAGACCAUAUGCUGGUUUCCAGGUGCCCAUGACUUGCUUUCAUCCUGGGCAGACUUUUGCUGUACCAUAUGAGUGCUUUUCCCCCAAAAAGUCACCCAUCCCCAUUUGAGAGGUUUCACAGGGUCAAUUUCUUGUUACCUAAUUACCAGUUCCUACCCCAGCCAUUUACCCUUUUACACUCACUGAAGUGCAUUAUCCGAGUUGGUAUGUAUAAUUUGCAGGGGCCUCUAUGUGGGUGGAGGGAGGCUUGCCCCUUGCAAAAACAUUUUUUACAUUCGAGUUUUUGGAAACUCAAACAUAUGGUUUUGACCAUAUUAAUUUUGAGUUUCCAAAACUCUAUAAUAUCAUAUAAAUCCAGAAAAGUAUGCAUAGAGUCUCUUCAUUGAUCAUAAAACAAAUUAAUUGCCAUGCACCUGAUUUAAGUACUAGGGAGGAUGUCCUAUAAUAAGUGGCAGGAUAUGGCAAAUAAAAUCCUGUAUGAGACAUUGACCGAAUAUAUAUAGAUAAAACCAGAGUGCUUGUAAGGUGGGGAAGUUUACUGUUAAGCGUGGGUGUAAUGCUGAUGAUAACAGCACAGGAGCAGCUACUUGUUGGUAUGCAUAGCUUAGAAUUUAUCUUUGAAUUGAAGAUGUUAAGGUGCAUUUAUUAAAUGCCUCCUCCUUUUGGGAAUAAUAUGUUGUUUGCCUCUCAAGAUUUUAAGUACUUAGAGGAAGAAGAGGAGAAGGGUAAGUUAUAGUCAGUCACGUAGGCUCUCCACUGCACACAGACUUGUUGAUAAGAUGUUUAUCUAUAGAAGUACUCUGCUCUAGCCCAAACUCCUGAACAGAGGCAAAGGAUAUUGCACCUGAUGAAUGUGUUUAGGCAAUUGAGACAUAAAAUGUAUUUGUUCAGACAGUCUGAUUAACCUUUUUGAAUCCUUCUUGAUUUGCAAACAUUAACCUUUUUGAGUCCUUCUUGAUUUGCAAACAGGGUAAGCCUGCAUCCAAGUAAAACCUGGGAAAAUGGUUGGCUAAGUGCAUUGCAUUUUGUUACAACAAAUCAUGGAGGAGCAUUGGAGGGAUGGGGGAGUAUUCUUUGUACUGGAGCAGCAGCUGUAAUAGCCACCCUCACUUUUUCCAAAAUUAUUCACUGUACUUUCACUGUUAGAAUAAGUCUGUCUUCUUUAGUGCUGUUCUUUGCGGCAUGCUAUGGAAACACAGUAGGACAUUGCUGUAGUACUUUUCCCAUGACUACUAUUGCAACAGUGACUACAGACACCAUAACGGUAGAUGUUCAGAUAGAAAGAUCAGUUUCUUCAGUACAAUCUCCCUCCCACCCUUCUUGUGGGAGUAGCCAUUCUGCUUUUGUUUUUCCUGAUAGUGGAGGAGAGAAGAAGAAUUGAAGGUGACCGCUGUCUUCCCUUUCUGUGACAAACAGUGCCUGGAUCUCUCUUUCUCUGUCUCGCUCUUAUUAUUAACCUUCCUUUCAUCUCUCCUCUGCUUAUCUCUUUAUUAAACUGAAGACAUUUGUAGUUACAAUUUCCUCUUUCUGGGUCUUCAGGAUGCCUUUAUGGUUUUAACUUUUUAUGUGAGCCAAAUCAGGGAGGUUAAUUCCUCAGGUAUGUCAAGGGUGUAUUAGGCUGAGUAUCACACAGGAAAUUGGCAUAUGCUGUUCAGCCUUUUAGCCAUGUGUUGGGUUAUCAUCCAGUAUCUUUCAGAAGGGAAGAAGUUCAGCCCACUCUGGGGACAUUCAGAAGCAGUGAAAGACCAGAAAGGAAUGUCUUGCAACAAAUUUCCAUUGAUAAUGAAUAUUACUUCAGGAGUGAUCUGCUGGUUAGAACAUCUACUAUUAUAGUGAGUGAACUCGCGCAGCUGUACUUUUUUCUGCCAAGGAAAAUGCAAGGCUUUUCUCCUGGAGCACUUCUGACUAACUUCCCAGCCUAUUUUUGAUGCAUGUACCUUGGCAGGAAAUUGUUGGAAGAAUGUCGUUCCCCACAGGAUUCUGCAAAAAGGUCACUUCUUAGUGUCAAAUUUGACUGGCAAAUUCUACAACUGGCAAGGUGUGUAGUACAUAUUGGGACCCCAUUCCACUUAUAUGUAACCUAAGUACUUUUCACUGUAGAAUAAUGUAGCCAGGAGGAAGACAUAUGAAUCCUUUGGCGUGAAAAUGACAUCCAGCCAUUCCCUUUUACAGGUGGUAACAAGGUUUUAUUACACAUUUUUCUUAUUACUUAAAAGAUUGUGGAGAUAUCUAUCCUGUUCUUGUUCUUGGAUUGAACAACUUCACAGUAUAAAUAAAGUUUCAUAUGGUUUACCCUAUAUACACUGCUUCUACUGUUAUAAUAAGGAGAUUGGUUUGCCGCUAGGCAUGUGGAAUACUUACUGGCAUAUGAAGAUCAGGAAGUGUAAUUGAAAAUAAUUGUGAUUCUGCAUUUUUCAUUUCCUACAUUUAACUCUUGUUUCCUCUCUUUUGACAUAGUCUUCAGAAGGUGUAGAGCUACACAGUGUUUUUGUUAUGAUGUUAGGCAAAGAUAUUUAGGUUGACUAAGAGCUGGCAGAUUUUUCUUGCAGAAAUGUGCCUGCAUUAUCAAGAUCCUGCAGUGCAGCUACACUUAAUUGUGAUUCUGCAUUUUCUUUCCCAUUUUCACCUUUUCCUGUCUUCUGCCAUAGAGUUUCUGUAAAGUGUACAACCACCACCACACUGCUUUCUUUGGCAUGUUAGGUAUGCCCUAUAUUUCGGUUGACUAGGAACUGGCAAAUUUGCCAUUAGAACUUCUGGAUAAGGUAGUGUUUUGUGUUUGCCAUGACUUCAGAACAAUGGGAAGAAGUUUGAGAUGAAUCCUUCAGCAUAUCCACUUUUUUAGGUACUGUAUUGGAUUCAGAGGAAAUUGUAAUACACCCAUAUCAAGAAACUGGCAGACAUUCGGACUACUGCAUAAAAAUAUGGUAAUGAACACAUUCACUUCAAUCCUUCCACUAUAAAUGCAAGGGCUUAAAGCAUUAGCCAUGUCUUGCUGUUUGUUGAGCAAAUUGCACAUAAGAUUUCCUCAUUGGAUACUGAGAAUUUAUUGGACUCCCCUGUGUCAGGCCCACUGAUUUUGUCAUUUGUUUCUCAAGGACCAGUCAAAAAUGUCUUUGGUUGGUUUAGCUUGGGUACAGGCAGUCCUUUCAGUCUUCCCAGUUCAGUAGCCCCCAUAGAGUGAGAGCGUCUGCUGUAGAAUUGAAGUGUUCAUUUCAGAUAUCUAAUUACUCAAAGGCAUUAACUGGAAGCUAGGCUCAGUAUUGUUCUUGAAUUAGGAGCACUCUGAAAGCUUUAAAAGAGUACCUUGCCCACAGAGGGAUCAAGAUAUUCUCAUACUGCUACUGCUACACAGCAGUCUGUUGCAUGAAAAUUUGGGAGCUUGUGGCUUGUAAUUACUUCUACUUUUUUGAACAUACACCUGUCCUGCAUACACUCAGCAGAGUCAUUCCUUCAAACUGUAGGUGACAAAGCAAAACACAAAUGUAAUUCUUGAUGGUUUUGGCUUUGUGCGUUACCUGUCCUGUCAUUCCUUCAGACUGUAUGUGGGAACUCAAGAAAUUGAAUAUAAUAUAUAAUUUAAUAUAAUAUACUAUAAUAUAAUAUAACUUUUAGUAAAAAGAAAUUAGUAUAAUUCUUGAUUAUUUCUUCAUUGUAUAUUACCCACUCAAGACUUGUUCGCUUCAUUUCACCAGCACAGGCUUCAGUGCUAACUUGCAAAAGAAUCUGCACUGACUAUAGUUUGGGAAUAGUGUUUUCAUUUCAUCUUCUGUUAUCUGCUGAUCUAAAAAAAAUCACUGAAAAUGUCAAUGUAUGAUGCUACAAGUUACUUAGUAGCUAUGGUGCUAAUUUCACUGGGGCUUGGCCUUCUCAUCUCUACAGGGUCUUGUAAUGUAGACCCCUUGGGAGAAUCAUAGGGCUGUACCUUGGAUCUUUCCCCUACAAAAAUAAUUCCUAAGUUGGCAGUCAAACUGCAGUUGCUAAGCAUCUUUGCACUCUCAUAAAUAAUAGAGGUUCAGAUAAUGGCCUGUAAAAGUUCAAUAUGUGACCUAAGAAUCAAUGUUAUGUUGUCCCAUCUCGCCUUCAUUCUUGGUGGUUGGGUUUGGAGCCGAAACUCUGCUCCGACUCGGCCGCAUACCAAAGCUGGAGAGCUUCUACUGGCUCGAGGCUACAACCUAUCCCAGGAUGCCUAGCGUCUCUUCCCCAGAUCUCUAUUGCCGCUUGAAGCAUCAGGAUUGUCUUCGCUGGCUCAGGCUAGUAAUUAUCUUUAUCUUACUUACUUAUAUUUUUCUUAAAAAAAUAAUUUUCUUAUAGACCACUAUUCCUUCCCUGACCAAGUAGUGUGCUUGUGUGUGUGUUAUUUACUUACCUGGGUGUGUCUGCGGCUGUUUGUUCUUAAGGCCCUUCUCUCCUUUGAAUCUGUUUAAGUUAGAGGAUUCUUUUCCCUUAGCCCGUUCCUUUCUUUUGGGGGGUUUUCACCCUUCUUUAGGAGUCUCCGUUUAAGUUAGAGGCGUCACUUUGCACUGGAGGAGAUAGUCAUUUAACUUAGAGAUUUCUCCUCCUCCUCGUCUAUUUCCUUAAAAAAAAAAAAUAAUAAUAAUUCUUAUUGUAGUUGUUGCAAUUAUUGCAUUUGUAGUAGUGGUUACUCUUAGUUUCUGGAAGUGUCUAAAGAACCUGCUAAGGAUCCGAGACAAUCUGGGUUUAAAAAGUGCGAUUUAUGCACCCAGAAAAUGUCUCUAACAGACGGGCACACAAGUUGUGUGUACUGUCUGGGAGCAGUUCACCUGCAGGAUUUUUGCUCCAUUUGUCAUGGAUUUAGUGCAAGAGUCCUGCAGGAGAGAAUAAAACUCAUUUUGAGGGGCUUGUUAAAAGGAACCUUUGAAGAAGGAAAUCAGGCCUCUAAACCUGACAAGACUAAAAAGUCGGCUUCUUCGGCUCCGGUGUCUGAGUCGUCAAGCAGCCACAAGGAAACAGUAUCUUCGCAGCCAAAGUUUAUCGGUUCUGACAAACCUGGUCCUCCCUCUGUUCCAUCUGGAUCCUCGGUACUGUCGCGGAGCCAAAAAAGGAGUCGGUCACCAUCAUUGGAGCCAGUACGCUCAGUGCUGCAAUCUUUGUUGCUACAGUCAGUGGCAGGUAGCCACAAGUCAUCCCAUUCCUCCUCCAGAAGUUUAUCGAUGACAUGGAGCAGGUGGUGAAGAGGUUGCAGCAGACAGCGACCCUGGUACAAAUUCUUUCGAACUCAGCCCAUCGGAACAUGGAGCCAACCACUGUAUCUCAGACGCCAGUUAUUCCUCUUCCGAUCCAGAUGAGUUUGUAGCCAGAGUGUCAGGAAGUCAUUCUGUUGGAAUCAUUGGAGCCAGUAAUCACUCACAAUGUCUCAGCUCCGACAUCUGCUCCAAUCUAGUCGAUGAUUUCUUCCAUCAAAGGAUCUAGGAGCUGACACUCCCUGGUCAGCUUCAGGGGGGGGGUUGAGUUGGAGCCUACUCUCCCACUCGGCGCCUUGGCACAGGUGAGUUUGGCUCCCACAUCAGCCUCAGAGCCACCCUCCUCGGUCCCUUGGGACUGGAGUCUCUCUCAGCCCAGGAUAGCGAUGCCUUCGAGGUAAUGAGGAGUGUGCUCUCCACUGAGUCUGCUCCACCUUCGACUCCAGACACUCUUCUCCCUAAAGGGCCAGCAUCUACUGCUUCAUCAUCCCUCCAUCAACCCCAGAGUAGAGAGUCACUGCCCCAGGAAACCCCAAUGGGUGGAACAUCCUCUUCCAACACCUCCCCGGAACACCCCCCCCCCGUAUUGUUACCAUAACAAUAAAUGUAGUACAGCUGCCACCAAAAUGGUAAGUUGUACUUAUUUUAUAUACUUGCUCCACUUUGUUGCACUGUUGAUGCUCCACUUUAAGCAGUUGAUAUUGAAGACAUAAACUUGCUACAAAUUGUGUCUUGUGUUCAUAUACAGUUGUUAGAAUAGUACUACUAAAGUUAAUGCCUGAUAUAUGCCCUGAUAAGGUGUGGAAUUUUUCUUCACUGAGAGUUUUAUAAUAGCAUCUUGCAUCCUUCAUAUUUUCUUUCUUAAAAUUGUCAUUUGACAUAUAUAAAGUUUAUUCAGUUUUCAGACGAAUCACAUUAAUUUAUAAGUAGUGGAACAAAUCUGCCUAAAAUUUAAAAAAAAUGUAUGACAGUAGAGAUGUGUAGUAGCAUAGUUGUAUCCCAUUUGAAAGUUUUAUUUUUAGUGUUCGUCACUGUAUAAGUCUGACUCACAGAAAUAAGCACUACAGCUUCGUAGUUGUAAGCAUGAUCAUAUGUUGACAGUUGGCAGACAUUUUCUUACUUAAUUUGACAAUUAAAGUUAAUCACUAGUACAUAAACAGAAGUUACUGUUAUAAAACUGUUUUUCUGGAACAGGGACAAUUUUAGUUCUUUAACUUCAGCAUACGUCUCAACUUCUUUGCUCAAAACGUCUGGAGAAAGCCAAAAAUAAUGGGGGCAUCCAAGAUCGGGGACAGUUUUUAAACAGUACUCCAGUUCACUUAACUUUAAUAGAACAACAGCUUUUGCAUUGCCAUGCAUUUUUUGUACAAUAAGACACAUGAAACUUUGCCUUGUGGUACUGACUGACUAUAAUAUUUGGUGAUUUCCCAGAGAAAAAAGCAUUUUGUGAUAGGGCGAAAGUAUGAGGUAAAAUCAGGGACAGUUGAGAGCUAUAACUGGCAGUCCACCUGUGUUUUAUUCCCUGUUAAAUGGCCUUGCUUUUCAUAUGCCCAGUGGACUGAUAAAACCUGUUUGUUCAUCGUGUCCAUUUUACAUGCUCAGGUGUAAAGUUAAAAUGUUAUUUGCUUGUUUGCAUGUUUGUCUGAAGGCAUAUACAUAUUCCAUAAUCCUCAUUAAGAGUUCAUAUUUUCCAGCUUCAUUAUGUUUGUGCUAUUGUUAGGUGGCUCAGACUAUAAGGUUAUCUUCUUGUGACAAUUACAGGGCCUUGUCUGUCUUUUGCCUGUUUACUGAUGUGCAGUAAUAAACCAUAUAUUUAUUUCUGCUAGUUUCAUUGCAUAGUAUAUUAUUUAUGUGGUAGCAGGCUAACCAUUGUCAAGGCAGUAAUGACAGAGUAGCAUAUUUCAGGUAGUUGGUGCUUAGUAAAGAGUUUUGGCUUACACCAGCUCCUGCAAGUCAGCUUUGAGUUAGCCUUUUCUGCAUGAGUUUACUAUGUUGCAAUUGCCCUCAUCUGAGAAAUCAAAAAUUGAGAAGAAAAUAUACCCCUGCUGAGGAUUAUGCUGCAAAUAUCACAUCUGAUUUUCAUUUUAUAACCUAAGUAUAUGUUCUCAUGAGUUAAAUAUUCAUAAAAUACUAUUGGUUAAACAAAUAUGAAUAUUCCUCAAGCAAAAGAUGAUCGUGUAUGUCAAGAAAUGCAUGUGUGGUAUCUUCCUUAGACAAGUUUGCUUUCUUAAUUUGUGUAUCACAAUUUUAUUCCACAGUUAUGCUGAGCAGGACACACAAGCUUCACUGCAGUUUCAUCUUUGCUGACACAAGUAAUGAUGCCUAUCAGUAAAGGUACUAAAUGGGGGUCCUGGAGUUUAGCUCAGUUUGCAACUACUUGUAAAAUUGCUUUGAAAUAAGACAUCGGUUUACACAAUGGAAGAGAAAUGUGCUCCCCAUGUUUACAGGCAUUGAUGUGUCUUUUUAAGGAAAUUAACUUUAAGCAGAAGGUGUUUAUUUGGGAAGGUUAGUUUCACUUUUAGGUUAAGUAGAUUGGUAUGAUAACAGCACUGUGAAGUUUUAAAUGCAUGUGCAAAAUCUGAUUUUAUACUGCGGAAAAUUAUUUUCAUGUUGAAAUAACUUAUUUCCUAGUUUGAUUGUGUCUGUGUUAAUACAAGAUUACACAAAGGUGCAGUUAUACAUUAAUGGAAAAUUUAUUUGACUUUCAUACUGCUUCACUGAAAGAAAAAAAAAUAUUUUAGAAAUUACCCAAAAUGGUAAGGUUUUAUGGCAUAUUCCUUGCCUGUUGUACAUGUGUUCACCUUCUUUUGUAGUGAAGAAGAGUUAGGUAACCUACUUAGAUUGCCACAUGACAUUGUAUAGAAUAUCUUCUGGUUCUGUCCUAGUGUCACACUGCUCUCAGGCUAACUCCUGUGCACUGAUCUGAAGUAACAUCCAAAUAUAAGCUCUGAGUUACUGAUGAAGAUUUCUAGUCAGUCAGUCACUAUUAUUUUUAUUUAUUAAUGACUAUUUUAUGUUUUAAAAAAAGUUCUAAUGUGAAUUAUGGCUGUUAUUGCCCAGAGAUGCUUUAUUAAUUUUUACUUUAUUUUUUUAUUUUUGUUUAUUUUUGUUUCAGUUCAGUUCAAUAAAUUUUGUGUACAGAUUGUGAUAUAUUUUUUCGUUUAUAAAUGAAAUAAAAAAAAAAUCUUUCACAUUCAAAAAA